CCGACCUGAGCAGACGCUUCCACCGCAGCAAAGCCGACACAUUUCGCUCAGGGACUUACAAUAUAAAUGUAUCUAAACCUCGGCGGUUCUGAAAGGGAAUAACAGUCGAUCGUGGACGCAUGUGAGCUUGCAUGUCCAUGCCUGGCCAGGACUAUACCAUGCUUCUGUCACAAGUGCGGCUUCCACUGCCUCUGCUCUAAGCACAGCGAGCGCUCCCUGAAUCUCUCCACCCAACCAGAGGGGACUUUUAACUAUAUUUCUCUUCUCAUUGACCGUCGACGAAAAUCUCGCUGGAAAUAUCCCCCCUAGAUGCUGGCUGUGGACGGGACAACUUGUUUUCAGUCGAUUCGCCCGAUGCGAGCUUCAAGGGCUGGGAGACUUCUUCUACCCGAUGCCUCUUCUCUGGCUUAAUAAGGCACAUUGGGAAUCACUGAAACGAGAAGGACUGCUACACUUAGACAUCUUCAACUAAGGGUGCUAAUCCCCUGCAGAUAUUCGCCUUUUUACGCAUUUUGGUGGAUGGAAAUAACUCCGGUCCUGGUGGCUUGACGCGGCUGGGACUUGGACUGGGACUAGGACUGGGACUGGGACAACUACUGGGUGCUUGGAGCGUCGGAUCACCCAGGAUUGUAUUCCCCCCUCUCUCGCGCUCUCUCUCUCGUGGGUCUAUUUACAUGUCCGACUUGACCGCUUUAUGACAAUGGAUUACUUUCUGCUUUUAUGCAGCCUCUUGCUGCCUGUGGUGUCCGCCGUUGAAGAGACGCUGAUGGACACGAAGUGGGCCACGACAGAAUUAGCCUGGACAGCGCACCCUGAGACUGGGUGGGAAGAGGUGAGUGGCUAUGAUGACGCCAUGAACCCCAUCCGGACGUACCAAGUUUGCAACGUACGUGAGCUCAACCAGAAUAACUGGCUGCGCAGUGACUUCAUCCCGCGGAAGGAUGUUCUGCGUGUUUACGUAGAGAUGAAAUUCACUGUGCGAGAUUGCAACAGCAUCCCGAACAUCCCAGGUUCCUGCAAGGAGACUUUCAACCUCUUCUACUAUGAGUCUGACUCAGACUCAGCCACAGCAACCAGCCCUUUCUGGAUGGAGAACCCCUAUGUCAAGGUGGACACUAUUGCCCCAGACGAGAGCUUCUCCAUGCUUGAGUCAGGACGGGUAAACACAAAAGUCCGAAGUUUUGGACCACUGUCUAAGGCUGGGUUCUACUUAGCCUUCCAGGACCUUGGUGCAUGCAUGUCGCUCAUUUCAGUGAGAGUUUUCUAUAAGAAGUGCUCCACCACCAUUGCCAACUUUGCCGUCUUCCCUGAGACUGCGACCGGGGCGGAGGCAACAUCUUUGGUCAUCGCACCAGGAACCUGUGUCCCCAACGCCCUGGAGGUGUCUGUGCCUCUGAAGCUUUAUUGUAAUGGGGAUGGUGAGUGGAUGGUGCCUGUAGGCUCCUGCACCUGCUCAUCUGGAUUUGAACCAGCCAUGAAGGAUACCCAGUGUCAAGCCUGCAGCCCUGGCACCUUCAAGUCCAAGCAGGGGGAGGGUUUCUGCUCACCCUGCCCAGCCAACAGUCGUGCCAGCUCAGGAGCAGCCAGCGUUUGCUCCUGUCGAAACGGCUACUACCGCUCGGACACAGACUCUCCUGACUCCCCCUGCACCACCGUGCCGUCAGCACCACGCAACGUCAUCUCCAACGUCAAUGAGACCUCGCUGGUGCUGGAGUGGAGUGAGCCACGCGACUCGGGCGGCCGAGAUGACAUCUUCUACAACGUCAUCUGUAAGAAGUGCCUGCCUGAGCGCGGAAUGUGCUCGCGCUGCGACGACAACGUGGACAUCUCGCCACGCCAUCUCGGCUUGACCCAGCGCCGCGUGGCUGUCCGCAACCUGCAGGCCCACACCCAGUACAGUUUUGAGAUCCAGGCAGUCAAUGGCGUGUCCAAUAAGAGCCCUUACACGCCGCAGUUCACCGCCGUGAACAUCACCACCAAUCAGGCUGCUCCAUCUGCAGUGCCAACGGUUCACCUGAUGGCGGCCACAGCGAGCACCAUGAGCCUGUCCUGGUUACCCCCAGAGAAGCCCAACGGAAUCAUUCUCGAUUAUGAGAUUAAAUAUCAUGAGAAGGAUCAGGGUGAGGCAAUCGCCCAUACCAUGACCGCCCAACGGAGCUCCGCCCGUAUUGAGGGUCUCAAGGCUGGUACGCCGUAUGUGGUGCAGGUCCGUGCCCGUACGGUGGCCGGUUACGGCCGUUACAGCAGCCCAGCCGACUUCAGCACCAACAUGCAAAACGACCCACAGAAGUCUUUGCAGGAGCAGCUGCCCCUUAUCGUGGGAUCGGCCACCGCCAGCCUGGUCUUCAUCAUUGCAGUCGUGGUCAUUGCCAUCGUCUGCCUCAGAAAGCAGAGAAAUGGCUCGGAGUCGGAGUACACAGAGAAACUGCAGCAGUACAAAUCCCCUAUAGUCACGCCGGGAAUGAAAGUCUACAUUGACCCUUUCACCUAUGAGGACCCCAAUGAGGCAGUGCGCGAGUUUGCCAAGGAGAUCGACGUCUCCUGCGUGAAGAUCGAGGAGGUCAUCGGCGCAGGUAACCCACCAAAGCUCCUGAGCUACAGGGGGAAGACUGCUAGUCACCUCCAGGCCAUACCGUUAGAGGACUUCACGCCAAUCGGAGAGUUUGGGGAGGUGUGCCGUGGCCGCCUCAAGCUCCCCGGCCGUAGGGAGAUCAUCGUGGCCAUCAAGACACUCAAGGUGGGCUACACUGACCGACAGAGACGAGACUUCCUGUCUGAGGCGUCCAUCAUGGGCCAGUUUGACCACCCAAACAUCAUCCGCCUGGAGGGGGUGGUUACCAAGAGUCGGCCUGUAAUGAUUGUCACUGAGUUCAUGGAGAAUGGGGCACUGGAUUCGUUCUUGAGGCUCAAUGAUGGGCAGUUCACAGUGAUCCAGCUGGUUGGCAUGCUGCGUGGCAUCGCAGCAGGCAUGAAGUACCUGUCAGACAUGAACUACGUUCACAGAGACCUGGCUGCUCGGAACAUCCUUGUCAACAGUAACCUGGUGUGUAAGGUGUCUGACUUUGGCCUGUCCCGCUUCCUUGAGGAUGACCCUACGGACCCCACAUACACCAGCUCACUAGGAGGGAAGAUUCCCAUUCGCUGGACGGCUCCCGAGGCUAUUGCCUACAGAAAGUUUACCUCGGCCAGCGACGUGUGGAGCUACGGCAUCGUCAUGUGGGAAGUGAUGUCAUAUGGCGAGCGGCCAUACUGGGACAUGAGCAAUCAGGAUGUGAUAAAUGCCGUGGAGCAGGACUACCGACUGCCUCCACCGAUGGACUGUCCCACAGCACUACAUCAGCUCAUGCUGGAUUGCUGGGUGAAGGAGAGGAACCUGCGGCCCAAAUUCACCCAGAUUGUGGCCACGCUGGAUAAGCUGAUCCGCAAUGCUGCCAGCCUCAAAGUGGUCACCAAUAGCACGCAGUCCUCUGGGGUGUCCCAGCCCCUGCUUGACCGCUCUGUGCCGGACUAUACCACUUUCACCACUGUGGGGGACUGGCUGGAUGCUAUCAAGAUGAGCCGUUACCGUGACAACUUCGUCAACGCCGGAUUCGCUUCCUUCGACCUGGUGGCCCAGAUGACAGCAGAGGACCUGCUUCGGAUAGGGGUGACGCUGGCCGGCCAUCAGAAGAAGAUUCUGGGCAGCAUUCAGGACAUGAGACUACAGAUGAACCAAACACUUCCUGUCCAGGUCUGAGACACGAGGAUGCGCAGACCCGUUGACGGACAGCCAGACAGGAAAAAAGGGGGAGGAACUGUGCCAGAGAGAGAGCCAAUGGGAAACCCUAGCUGCCUGACCCAUCUCUGCCAAUUAGAUGUUCUGAAACUGGCUUGCAGUGCCUCUGACUAUUUUAUUUUAUUUUUUUUCCCCUUCCCACUUCCAUUUCUUUUUCCUUUGUUUUGUGUUCUUUGUCAUGAUUCUUUUUUUUCCCAUCCAACAAGACGUUUUAUCAGGAUUCUCUUGUGUAUUUUUGAAAAAGGAGGAAGAGUGCCCUCUUUUAUCCCAUGCGUGCCUCACCUGCUCUGGUGUGGGUUGCAGUUUGCAUGUGUGUGUGUUUUUUUUUUUUUUUUUUUUUUUUGUGAGGUUGUCCAGGAUCCUCAGCUCCCAUAUCCUAAAUGUGGGUCUCUGAUCCUCAUGCAAGAGCCCUUCUCCCAAAUGACAACAGAGAGAUCCCUGAUUGACAUUUAAUAUGUAGUAAAAAAUAAACUCCCAGGUUUAAAAGGAAAAAAAAAGAAAAAAAGAGAGAAAAAUUGAACAACCUUUCACGCAGGAAAUAGAAAGAAAGAAAAGAAAAGAAAAGAAGAGAAAAUCCCUUCCCCCGCUAGAAGUUGUUUCACUGUGUGUGUUUUUACUCCCCAUCUUCAUAUUGAAGGUGUGUUAUCUCAAAAAUGGCACUUGCUGGAGAAGAGGAAGCAUAAUGGGCAGGGGUUAAAGGUCAAGAAGAGGAAGAUCAAGAGGUCAACAAGUCAAACGAGAGCAGCUGAGAUUCUGGACACUUGGUUCAGCUGCUGAAUCUCCUGCAGGUCACCCGAUGACCUCUGAACCGCGACCUGAGACCACUCAGGAUAGUUUCAUAGUUGGGAUCAUCUGCUCAUCAACUGUGCUUUGUAUGUGUAGAAAUGUUUUUUUGUUUUGUUUUGCUUUGUCUUUUUUGGGUUUUUUUGUCCAUCCGUCAUUUUGAUUUUUGUUGUUAUUUCGUUUUGUUUUCAUACACAAUUUUGGGAGUUUUGUGUUUUCAAAAUGGCCGGAAAACCGAAGUAUCCCCUACUGGACGCUUUCAUGUGACUGAGGGGAAACAAGGACUGUGGCAACACAAUACAAAGACCACUUGGCCUUUUGUGUGCGUUUUCUGUAGGUGUGUGAAUAUGAGAGAGAGAAUGUGCGUGUGUGUGUGUGUGUGUGUGUGUGUGUGUGUGUGUGUGUGUGUGUGUGUGUGAGAGAGUGAGUAUGUACGUGUGAUUCAGUGUCCAAGCGUGAAUGUGGGAGUGUACCAAGUUGCACACAAAUAUACUGUACAAUACAGCUUCCACUAUCCGCCACCGUGGAGAAUUAAAGCAUGAACUGAACCAUGACAAGGAGCAAUUAUAUCUGAAACAAUUACGCUAUAUUCUGUGGACAACUGUUAAACGUUCUUUUUUAUUGAAUCCAAAAAAUGAACUUUGGAUAUAUAUAUAUGCAUCGUACAGAAACUGAGAGCAAACCAUGAGAGACACCUUAAUUUGUUCCUACUAUUAUCAGGAUUUAGAAAUAAUCAAAAAUUCUUUAGUUACUUGACAUCCCGCCCUAUGUAUUUAUUUGUACCCCCCCAACCCCCGGACUAGAGGCCAUUUGGGACUUUGGACUUGAAACAAUCAGGAGGAAGAAAGACCCCCAAGAGGAUUCAGCAAACAAAUUGAUGAUUAUUAAAAAAAGACAGAAAAGGAAAAAAAAAAACAGAAAUUGCAUAUAAAUCGGAUAUUGUAUUUUUGUUGUUGUUCUAAACAGCCUGUACAUGUUUUGUAACAAAAAAAGAUAAAUAACACGUAAGAAAAUGGUGUUUUGACAAAACAG